AACAAGUCUCCGCUCCGUGCGGACUGGAAAAGUCACUUGGUGGACGGAGCCAGCUCCACAGACUGGACUGAGUUUUUAAAAAUUAGCACAUGGGACUAUAAUUGUGAUUUAUGGAAGAGCCCGGUGUUAUUACAACCUUGAAUGUGCUAUUUUAUUUCUGAGACGAGCGCGCGCUGGUCAGAGGUCGGUGAAAAGUCGACCACUGUCACUUUUGAUUCAUGGACUCAAUACGGACUUCAGCUAAAAGCAUUUCUGUCAAGAGGCUGACUCAAGGUUGACUUCAUUCAUAGAAUAUCCAGAUUUAGGGGACAUGAAGUUGUCUUUGGACAGUAUGGGCGUCCUUAAGAUUGUGCUGUUCAUCCUUGAGGCUGUUUUGCUGACCGACUGCGCAAGAGGACCUCCACGGGUCUCUGAGAAGGUUGCUCACAGACAGACUGCCCGGCUCAGGAGCGCCAUUAAGCUGCCGUGUCCAGUGGAAGGAGACCCUCCGCCCCUCAUAAUGUGGACCAAAGAUGGGCGCAACAUCCACAGCGGCUGGAUCCGUUUCCGUAUCCUCCGCAUGGGCCUGAAGAUCAAGGAGGUGGAGGCAGAUGACACGGGGACCUACAUCUGCAAAGCCACCAACGGCUUUGGUAGCGUUAACAUCAACUAUACACUCAUCGUCAUCGAUGACUCGGGUUCUGAUAAAGCUGGACCUGGAGCAGAUGAUGCGCCACAGUCUGACCCGGGCACAGACACAGAAAAAUUUGUGCGUCCCCGCUUCACACAGCCCGCUAAGAUGAGAAAAAGGGUGAUAGCUCGUCCUGUUGGCAGCUCGGUGCGGCUCAAAUGCAUGGCCAGUGGAAAUCCUCGACCGGACAUCGUGUGGCUGAAGGACGACAGGCCGCUAACGGAGCAGGAGGUCGGCGAGGGCCGUCAGAAGAAGUGGACUCUGAGUCUAAGGAGCCUGACGCCAGAGCAGAGCGGCAGAUACACCUGCAGGGUCUCCAAUCGGGCAGGGGAAAUCAACGCCACAUAUAAAGUUGAGGUCAUACAGAGGACAAACUCUAAGCCUGUUUUGACGGGCACCCACCCGGUCAACACGACGGUCGACUACGGAGGCACCACGUCAUUCCAGUGCAAAGUGAGGAGUGACGUUAAGCCCGUCAUUCAGUGGCUCAAACGCGUGGAGUCCAACGAGGAAAAUCGCUACAACUCUACCAUCGAGGUGGGAGACCACCGAUUUGUGGUGCUGCCCACAGGGGAGGUGUGGUCACGACCCGACGGCUCCUAUCUCAACAAGCUGCUUAUUACCCGUGCCAAGGAGGAGGACGCUGGCAUGUACAUCUGCUUAGGCGCCAACACCAUGGGCUACAGCUUCCGCAGCGCCUUCCUCACUGUGCGGCCAGAUCAUUUUGGCCCUCUUCUUUUGCAGACACGGAAGCCUCCCAUCACGACCAUGUUCUCGCCAGCUUCCAGCUCCCUCCCCUGGCCUGUCAUCAUUGGCAUCCCUGCUGGAAUAGUGUUCAUCUUUGGCACAGUGCUGCUCUGGUUCUGCCAGAGCAGAAAGCACUGUCCCCCUCCCACCCCACAAGCUGCUGCCGCACAGGUACUGCCGAGCUCCCACCGGCUGCCGUAUCGAGAGCGGGAAAGGGGCUGCAUGGCUCCGUCCUCCAGUCCAGACAAAGACUGCUUUAACUAUGAGGAGUACCUGGCACAGCAGCAGCUCCUCCUCGCCCAUGGAGGGUCAGCAGUCCCCCCUAAAAUCUACCCCAAAAUCUACACUGACAUUCACACACACACUCACUCCCACGUGGACGGGAAAGUGCAUCAGCAUCAACACAUUCAUUUUCAGUGUUAGCCUCAGUGCCAAAUAUCACCCACUGACUGCUCCAGUACUUCCGCGGGACAAUGAGUUGUGGACUGAACAGCGGCUCCUGAGCGGCAGUCACCUGGCAUUACUUUUCUUUUUUUUUUUAACUGUCGGACUCUUGUCACAGCUGGAGAUUGCCGGGAGUGUGAGCACAUGGGGAAAAACAGUGGCCAGUCAUACACACUUUGUGUUUGUACAUCCAAACUUCCAUAUUUGGUGCUUAUUUUUUACCUGACUGAUUCUCACACCACUAAAAUCCACAAAUCCUUGUUGUGCACUUAAUACAAAAAGGACAAGGACGUUUUUGCAGCGUGUGAGUUUAAUCGCAGCUAUUCAGGCCAGCUUGAAUUUUGCAGUUUCCUACUUGAGGUGUAGCUGAAAAUCGAGGUUAGCUUUCACUUAUUUAGCUGCUGGAGCGCAGGAGCUCUGUGUGUUCUGCCUGGUAAUGAAGAUGAAAAUGGUACUCGAGAUUUACAAAAGGGGCUGACUGAAUGCUCCUACUCAGGUUGUCCUUUUGUUUGUUAAAGAUGCAUAACAUUUGGAAUGCUGACCACUAUCCUUUACAUUACUUGUCUCCAUCCCUCACUUUUGUCCUCUGUUAAAAGUGAAAGAGUAGACUGGUUUUUUAUAGCAUGCAAACCUUGCCUGAGACUGCAAGGGAUGGAAGAAUUGUUUCCAUGUUAACUGAAUUGGUCUUCAUUAUCAUUUUAACUGAGCAUGUUGAGGUAAACCAGCAGGUCUUUUUGGCCUCCACAGUUUAUGAAGCUGUAGGCAUUUAUAAUCAAAUUGAGUCAUAAAUAUUUAAUUUAUUUUGCUAAAAAAAAAAAAAAUGUAUCAAAAGUUUAUUUUUAAGAGUAAGGCGUUUUACAUAUCUAUGUAAUGUUAUUAAAGUAUACAGUAUGUAUAGUACAUUUUGAGUACUUUGCCACCCAGUUUAAUCAGUUAGUACAUGCCAGUAUUUAGGUAUAUAUUUGUAUGUAAUUGGUAUUGUUUGACAAUCUUGUAUGAUGUACUCUGUUCAAAGCUCAAAAAACUAAGUCAUCUAAAGUCUGAUUUGGUAGUAUGAUUAAAUGACAUGAAACAAAUUA